AUGUCCGCUUCCCCCGAGCCCACAGUCGGUUCGCCUGCCGCGCCCGAGCACGAAGUGACCGAGAACGUCGCAACCCCCGUUGCCGGUGAUGACGACGCGUUUGAGAAUGCUGCCGAGCCUGCCGCUGAGAUAGAAGCCAACGCAGAUGAUGGUGCAGAUGAGCAAGCGGGUGAAGACGAGGACGAUGACGACAAAAUUUCAGACGACGAGUCUAUCCUAUCCGAGGUCGACGAGGCAGAAUUCGAGAAUUUCGACCCUGAGAACGUCGACCUUGAGGACCGCCCUCAACUCGCGAUUGACGAAGACAACCUGAAACUCAUCGGCCGUCACAAGCGCAAGCGCACCGAGGAUGGCGAGAGUCGUCCGCGCCGCAAGGAGGGUCGCCGUGAGAAAAAGAGUCGUAGAGCUGCUGAAGAUGGGGACGAUGAGGCAGGCCCUUCCCGCCGACGGGAGAAGAAGCAGCGCGAGAGCAAGCCUGAUACAGACGAGGAAACUCUUGACCCAGAGACACGACGUCGCCGAGCUCUUGACCGUGCCAUGGACGAAGCCAUGAAGAAACCAGCCAAGAGACGUUUCCGCAAGCAGGAUGGUAUUGAUCUGGAAUCUAUGGCAGAUGCUGAAAUCGAGGAUAUGCGCAAGCGCAUGACCCACGCAGCGCAAAUGGAUGCGAUUAGUCGCCAACAAGGAAAGCCGGCCAUGCACAAGCUGAAACUACUUCCCGAAGUCAUCAUGCUUCUCAACCGCAACCAGUACACCAAUGCCUUGGUCGAUCCUGAGAUCAAUCUAUUGGAGGCCGUCCGAUUCUUCCUGGAGCCCCUGGAUGAUGGAGCGAUGCCUGCCUAUAACAUCCAGCGCGAUCUGUUGACUGCCAUUACAAAGCUACCCAUCAACAAGGAUGCUUUAAUCGCUAGUGGCAUUGGAAAGGUGAUUGUCUUCUACACCAAGAGCAAGCGCACUGAGCGCCGCAUCAAGGAAAUGGCAGAGAAGUUGCUGGCAGAGUGGACACGACCAAUCCUUCAGCGCAGCGAUGAUUACUCGAAGCGUGUCUACCAGCAUGCCGAUUACGAUCCUACAAAGGUCGUCAAGCGCGCUGGUCCUACUGAUAAGGAGAUCGAAGAAGAAGCUCGAGCUCUCGAAAUGCUCCCCCCUCGCCUUAUGAACCGUGCUCGUGUCGACCGUACUAACGUCAGUUACUCCGUUGUUCCACGCCAGACAGCCGUGCGGGAGAGCCAAUACGCUCGUCCUCUUGGUGCCAGUGGUGAGGAUCGAUUCCGCAAGAUGCAGGCCCGACAGGCUGCUGCGCGAAAGGCAUCUCGUCGGUAG